AUGGCGACGCGGCACCAGGCCGGGGCAGCGACGGCAGAGGCGGCGGCAGAGGCGGCGGCAGCGGCGACAUGAGGGCGGGGGUGGCGGCGGCCGGGCAGCGGCCCCCCAGCUCGGGGAUCCCGGGCUCCCGGGGCACGUCGCGCCUGCGCCCGCCCGCCAUCCUCCAGCCCGCGCAGCACAGCACGCAGGUUGGGCUCAUCGAGGCGCAGAAGCGGGUCGUGGACCUGGAGAAGAGCCUGCGGUUCCUGCAGCAGCAGCACUCGGAGACACUGGUCAAGCUCCACGAGGAGAUCGAGCACCUCAAGCGGGAGAACAAGGAUCUCCAUUACAAGCUAAUAAUGAAUCAGAAGCCAAAGGAAGCCAACUCUCAAGGAAAGUCCAGGCCCUGGCCCAGCUUCUCCAAGAAGCAAGACUCAAAAACUGACAGUCCUCCGAAGACGGACCUGGAAGAGAAGACCCCAGCUGCUGCCCUGUUUCACAACAGCAAGCGGGACAAAGCCCCAGGGGUGCAGGGGCAGGCCAAAGAUGAAGAAGUGGAGACGUCCAGUGCAGCAGCCCCCUGGGUGGCAGGCAGCCAGCACAAGGGCAAGCAGCCCCCCGUGAUGAAUGUGCCCCUGCACCUGCGCAAGCCCACCACGCUUCAGCAAUGCGAAGUGGUCAUCCGCCAGCUGUGGAACGCCAACCUCCUGCAGGCCCAAGAGCUGCAGCACCUCAAGGCCCUCCUGGAAGGGAACCUGAGGAGGCCCAAGGCUGCAUCUGAGGAGGCCCGCCCCAGCUCUCCCAAGGACCAGGAGGCCCUUCACCAGGGAGCCAUGCAGCUCCCCAAGGUCCCCACCAAGGGCGUCCCCAAGAAAUGCCUGAUUCUGAGCCCUAUGCCCGUGGCAGAGCGCCCCAUCCUGCCCGCGCUGAAGCAGACCUUGAAGAGCAACUUUGCUGAGCGGCAGAAAAGGCUGCAGGUGGUGCAGCGCCGGCGGCUGCACCGCUCUGUCCUUUGAGGCGGGCGCCACGUGUCGGCGUCUGCAUGCCAGGUCAGGGCCAGGCCAAUGCCCUACAGCUGGAGACGCUAACCCUCUCUAGAUAGCGCUUCAAAAGAAUUCGAACACGUUUAGGCCCCGCGAAAUUCCAGAUAAGCAAAGUUCAUGGCAGAUAAAGUACUUGGUUGCUCUCAGAACCGAGACACUAUUUUCUUGCUCGGUAUUUUGCUAUUCUGCAUUUACACAAAAACACAUUAAAUAAGUAUGACCCUACCUGUUGAAGACUGGAAAUAAAGCUCGUUUCUCCACUUGUGAA